AUGUCUCAAGAAAAGGGCUCCUCGAAGGGCAUAAAGCUCUUCAGCAAAAACGAUAUGGCCGUGCUCGAGAAAUCAGACCACGAACAGAAGAGAUUGCGCGAAUUUGCCAACACUCAUGAUAGAUUUUCUGAAGAGGAAAAACACGCCUUGCAGCUUGACAGUGUUGAUGCAUUUAGCAGGAUCUGGGUCAACACCCUCGACGCCAAGGGCGACUUCCAAGUAAGCCAUGAACAUGGCGUUGGGGCGACAGCCCAAAUAUUACAAAGCUCUGCGGACACGGCCGUAGUUAUCCUACAGCAUAUCGAGCCUAUCUUGCAACUUGUGAAAGAUUUUGGUGCGCCAUACGGCGGGAUGGCCGUUGGGACUAUUUCGUUUCUCUUCACCAUUGCCCGUAACAGAGCCAAAAUGGAGAGUGACAUCUCUGACACGCUUUCUCAAAUUCACGAUAGAGUUGCUGGGCUAAGGCUCUACCGACAUAUCUAUAACGAUGACCACGAACUCGACCAUCAAUUGCAGUCCAAUAUCGUCAAAGCUUAUGACAAGUUCAUCGAUUUUUGUAUUGUGGCUAUUAAAUACUACUCCGAGGGAAGCAUAAGACGAUGGGCCAAAGCUUUGUGGGGAUCAUCAGUGACAUUGGAGAAUAGCGCACAUGAAGUGCAACAAGCAAUCGUCAACGUCAGGUAUAUGAGCGAGGAACUGCUGAAUAAGAAUGUUGGUGCUCUCAAAGAGCAGCUCGUUUGCCUAAAGAAGGACAUCAAAAGAUUGCGAGAGGGACAGAAUAGCGAUCGUUUAGUCAGUAUUAAGGAGCUGCUACAUCUCGAAGGGUUCUCGAUGGAAUCCGAAUCCGAACAGUUGCGGAGGUAUCAAUAUGAGUUCAAUGUGGAUUUGGAACGUGGCUGGGAUUACCUGGAGCAUAUGCGAGGAUCCCGACUCGAGGAGUUCAAGAGUCACUUGGAUUUCCAAGCAUGGCGAGAUUCUUCGCACUCCUGUAUGUUACUCUUGACAGGAUAUAACGACCAAUCGGUUCACUCAGCCAGACGCUGCUGGCUGUCUUCCAUCGCCCUGGAUACGAUCGAGAACUUUAGGAAAUCCGAACGAGGUGAUCCGUACGCCUUCUAUAUCCUCGAAUAUCAAGAACACAGCCUGCUCCCGGUGCUCUCCCACGUUAUCAUCCAGCUGCUGACGUUAAAUCCUCAGGCGCUGGAGAAUGAUAAGCAGUAUGAAGAGUUGCGAGCGGAAGUUAAAAAAUAUUGUACGGCGCUUGAAGCCGAAUCACAAAGCCACAAUGAACAUGAACAUAGCGACGCGGUCAACAUACUGCUUCAAAGGGUGGCGCUUAGGGUUCUAAACAUGUUCGAUCAGACCAAACCGGUAUGGAUCAUUAUGGAUCGUGUUGACAAUUGUAAAUUAGGCAAGGUCAACCACCGGAAAAAGCUGAUGAAGGCAUUGGUUUAUCUGCUGGAGAACGCUGCUGUCAAAGUUAAGGUUCUUGUCGUAGCCAAUGGUUAUGACUGGAAAGCAGACAAAGAAAGUGAUGAGUUCGGGCAGAGCCGUCCUGAGAGUAUAAUCGUUCACACGGCCCAACAGAAGGUUAUCAAUUAG